GCACCGCGCCUGCGCAGGGGGCGAGGCAGCCGCUGCGGGCGGCGAGGAGGCUGCAGCAUGGCGGCGCCGGCGGCGAGUGAUGUGAGACCCCCCUGCUCCGUGUGAAGGACAGACCGUUGGCUGAAGGGAAGAACCGAAACGUCCCAUAAAUGGAAGCCAUGAAGAUAUCAAAGCGUUCCUUUGCUUUUGGGAUUUUGGCAUGCAUAGCUAUUUAUGUUGCCUACAUCAAGUGGCACUUGGAUUCCAAACCUCUGGUGGCAGCAACAGAAGGAUUGGUUGAGAGGAGGGCAGACAAACUGAGCCAGCCGGCGCUGACCGCGGGGCUGGCCGUCUUCUAUGGGAUUAUGUUUGACGCAGGAAGCACAGGAACUCGCAUCCAUAUUUUUAAGUUUACACAGCAACCCAAAGAGACUCCCAAAUUAACCCAUGAGACAUUUAAAGCACUGAAGCCAGGUCUGUCUGCAUAUGCUGAUGAUGUUGAGAAGAGUGGCCAGGGAAUAAAAGACCUCCUGGAGGUGGCAAAGAAGGAAGUUCCUGUGGAGCUAUGGAAGUUUACUCCUCUGGUCCUGAAGGCCACAGCUGGCCUACGGUUGCUGCCAGGAGAGAAAGCUCAGAAACUGCUGGAUAAGGUGAAGGAGAUUUUUCAGGCCUCCCCCUUCUUCGUGAGGGACAACUGUGUGUCAAUAAUGAAUGGAACUGAUGAAGGUGUUUCAGCCUGGAUCACAAUCAAUUUUUUAACAGGCAGCCUGGAUGAUCCACAGAAGAGAAGUGUGGGGAUGCUGGAUUUGGGUGGUGGAUCAACACAGAUCACCUUCCUUCCACGCAUGGAGGCAACUCUGCAGACGUCACCUGCUGGCCACACGACUUCAUUUCAGAUGUUUAACCACACCUACAAGCUUUAUUCCUACAGUUACUUGGGACUCGGGCUGAUGUCAGCAAGGCUUGCCAUUUUAGGAGGAGUUGAGGGAAAACCCUUAGGAGAAGGGGAGGAAUUGAUCAGCCCUUGUUUACCACCUGGCUUCAAAUCUGAGUGGCAGCAUGCUGAGAUAGUGUACAAAAUUAAAGGACAGAAGGCAGGUGAGCCUCUGUACGAGUCUUGUUCUAACAAAGUGGCAAAGAUGCUCUACAAAAAAGUCCACAGAGCUGAGGAAGUGAAGGACCUGGAGUUUUACACUUUCUCCUACUACUAUGACCGUGCAGCAGAGGUUGGCCUCAUAGAUAAAGAAAAAGGAGGAAGCUUGACUGUUGGUGACUUUGAAAUUGCAGCUAAAUAUGUAUGCAAGACGAUGGAAAUCAGCCCUGGAAGCAGCCCUUUUCUCUGCAUGGACCUCACAUACAUCACCUUCCUCCUGCAGGAACUCGGCUUCCCCAAGAGCCAAGUCUUUAAGCUUGCCAGGAAAAUCGACAACGUUGAAACAAGCUGGGCGCUGGGAGCCACUUUCCACUACAUCGACUCGCUCAAUAGGUACUAAAGCUCCUUGGAGGUGACUUUUGGGGAAUCUCAGUUCUAGGAAGCUCAACACAGGAGAAUCUGUUGAAGGGCCUGGGGGUUUGGCUUCCAGAAUGCUUUGGGAGUUCCUCAUAAACUUGGGCCCUUUCCCCCUCAACCCCCUGCCAAGACCCCUCCAUCACUGCACUUUUAUUUGCAGCGCAGUGUCUGCUCUCUAAGGAAUGAGCCUUGAUUUGACAGUGUCUGCAGUCUGAUGUUCAAUUUUAAUCACUGUUGAAGGAAAACCAGGACUCUGCAGGCCAUCUGUGAUCUCUAUGAGAAAAACAAACCUCUCUUUUUGGGUGUUUUUUUGGAAUGUGCCUGUACUGUGUGCUUGUACUGUGCUGAAGUCGCUGUAGGAAAUGAUCACUCCAGAAGGAACUCUUUACCAUCCUGAUUCAGGGUGGUUUUUUCCUGUUGGCCAGCAGCUUUCAGUGAGGACUUUUCUUUUACUACUUCCGUGUUUGAAGGUGAACUUGUGUGUCAGUGCACAAAAACAAUGCCCUCGUUCCAGCAGUGGCUUUGAAAUGGGAAGUCUCAGCUCUGCUUUCCACUUGCUGAGCUGGAAAAGCUCAGGAGCGCUCUAGGAACUAAACAUGGACUCAAGAAGAAUAAAUCAGAGCCCAGAUACCCUGUAGGGUUAAAGCCUACAGCCUGCUGUUGGCUCCCUGGCUGUUAGGAGGUAGGUGGUGGAAGACUUUUGCUGGAUUUAAGUGAGUGAGGCCUGGGAGUUGGGUACAGGGCUGAUGAUGGAUUUGGCAGUUCUGGAGCUGGUCAGGGUGACUGAGCAGCAAGAUGCAGCUACAAAAAAAUAGGGCCUGAGCAUGGCUUCUUGGACCUCACAGACAUUUGUGCCUUGGCAAGGUUGCUGCAGGGCCUGGGAUAAAAAGCACUUCUGUGGGAUUCUGGGUGCUGCUUCCUGAAGAUGCAUCUCACUUGAUAAAUGAAUGUAUUGUUGCACUGAGCUGGGGCAGGGCAGCUGCAAUGCACCACUCCAGCAGUGUCCUGGAGGUGGGCUGGGAGUGAUCUUGGAGGUGGCAGGAGCUGGAGAGGGCACGCUGUAAUCUAACUGUGGAACUGCAUUGUGUCUGUCUGGAUGUUCAGAGCAGACCCCAGUGGUCUUUUGGGGUGCAAGAGUCCAGCCUCCUGAAGAGCCAGCAGUGCCUGCACUCAUGGCCACAGCCUUGUCCUUUCCAGGGGGUAGUG